CUCCAGGCAAGACAUCGUUCGACGACCACGGUUCUUGGAUAACACUAGCGGCGAGAUUCAGCAGUUCAUACAACUGACUGUCUGCAUGUUGGAUGCUUUGCAUUGUCGCCGGAGAACACGUGAGUCACGACUGGGGUCCUUAACAGCCUCCCAAGAUACGCUUCAUCAGAGCACCGUCCGGCUUACUGAUUUGCUGACAGGCAACAUUUCAGCUAAUCGCCUGUUGGUAAACGGCUACACAGUCGAGAUUCAGAGCACUCCGUUGGUGGACGACGCCCUGAAAAGCCAUAUAAUCAACCGCCUCCUCUUUCUUUCCUCCCUGCUUUGAAGCCAUUGGCCAGACGGACGGUCUUCCCUUGGGAAUCCUAGGAGAAGGAUACAAUCACAACAUGGCGGGCGCAGACACCGCUGUUUCCCCGUCCCCUCCGGCUUCUGGGAGCAUCACGGUCGCCACGGGGCCCUUGCCGAGCUCAUUGUCCCAUGAGACGAGUCAGGAAGAUGGGACUCCGACCGCCGCCGCCGUAGCCACCCCCCCUACAGAAGGUGCAAAGUCUUCAGCUGGGACUGGCGUAAAUGACGCAGCAGCUGCGGCAACUACGACGGCGGCGGCGGCGGCAACCUCCACGACGCACGAGAAGAGUGCCGAGGGAAGAGGAAGCAAUGACGAGAUGGAGGGAGUGGAGAGUACUGCAGCAUCUGCGGCCCCGGCUCCGGCCCCGGUUCCGGUCGCAGCUCCGACAUCGUCAGAGCCAGAAAAGAAGGCCAGUGCGGAGACGAGCAGCGGCACCAAGGCGUCAACGACGGAAGCUGGUGCUCCUGUAACGACGACGCUUAAACAGAAAGGUGUUGUUCGUGGCGCGUUCAUUGUGUUCGAGGGCUUGGACCGGGCGGGUAAGACGACGCAGGCCAAGCUACUGCAGCAGCGGUGUGUUGAGAGCGGGAGGCAGGUCAAGUACAUGCGGUUUCCAGACAGGACAACACCCAUUGGCCAGAUGAUUGAUGCGUAUCUACGCGGCGAGACAGAGACGGAGGAUCAUGUCAUCCACCUGCUGUUCAGCGCAAACCGGUGGGAGGCCAUAAACAAAAUCAAAGCCGAGCUCGCAGCAGGUACCACAAUAAUCUGCGACAGGUAUUACCACAGUGGCAUCGUGUACAGCGCCGCGAAGCACCUCCCGUCGCUGUCGCUGUCCUGGGCGAAGGCGCCCGAGGUCGGCCUCCCGCGGCCAGACAUGGUGCUGUUCCUCGACCUGGAAGAGAGCGUGGCAAGGAGCCGCGGCGGCUGGGGCGGCGAGGUAUACGAGCGCGGCGAGAUGCAGCGGCGCGUGCGGGAGCUGUUCUGGGGGUUAAGUAUGGGUGAUCUGGGGAAGACGGGUGGCGCCGAGGGCGCCGCCAGCAAUGUCUCUGGCGUUCAUGGUGGGACAGUGAGUGCCGGAGUGGUCAAUCAGUUCAGACAAGAGGAGGAGGACAUUCAGAUUGUGGAUGCGAAUCUUGGAGUCGAGGAGCUGUCCGACAAGGUCUGGGAGGUUGUCAUGCCGAGGGUGGAGGCUGUGGAGAGGGGCGAGGUCGGCAAGACUGUGAGGAUCGUGCAAUGAGCGCCGUCUUUGUAUCACAAUAGGGAGAAUAUCACUCUCCGAUACGUCCGGUGUGGUUAAGACUAUUUGACGCCAUUUGUGCAUCUUGCAAUUACGCCAUUUAACAGCAUGCGACAACUGCUACUAUCACAAAAUGGAGCUUUUGAUCAGCCAGACUGAAUCCCAAACGAGUCCUCAACGCUUGUCCUCAACGCUUCAUGUGCAGUGCUGAGUCCUGCG